GUCAAAGUCCAGUUUUCACUGCGCCCAGCGAUUACUCAUCAUUGUUUUUGCGUUGAAAGGACCGCAGUAAUUCGUUGAUUAGUUUCUCCCGUUUCCCCACCCUUGUUCGAGGCGCACGAUGGCGACCAACUUUCCGGCCGUUUCGCCGGUGAUGAAACCGAUCCAGCACUACCUCAAGACGGCCCAGGAGCACGAUGGGCGCGAUCCGAUCGUCGCCUACUGGUGUCGCCUGUAUGCGCUCCAGACGGGGCUGAAGAUCCCGCAGCAGAGUCCCGACGAUCGCAAGCUGCUGCUCGCCAUCAUGGACUGGCUGGAAAAAACCAAAACCCAGAUGGCGGAUAACGAGUCGAUCACGCAUGAGGUGGCCGCCCAGGCCUAUCUGGAGAACUACGCCCUCAAGCUGUUCCUGUACGCGGACAAGCAGGAUCGGGCUGCGAAUUUUGGCAAAAACGUCGUGAAAGCUUUCUACACGGCCGGUAUGAUCUACGAUGUGUGCCUGAUCUUUGGCGAGCUGACGGAAGAGGUCACACAGAACCGCAAGUACGCCAAGUGGAAGGCCUCCUACAUUCACAACUGCCUGAAGAACGGUGAAACGCCCGUCGCUGGACCGUUACCGAUGGAAGACGACACGGAUGAGCUAGCGAACGAGCUGACAAAGCUGGGACCAGCAACAGGGCCAGCACCGGGACCAUCGCCUGGCCCAGCGGCACCACAGCCAGGACCGAGUCAUGUCGGAUUUCAACCAACACCACCACCGGCCGUUCCGUCGGGAUCCAACAAUUCGAUUGAAAUCGAUCAUUCGGAUCCGUUCAGCAAGCUGAAAGCCCCCACACCGCCGAGUGAACCGGAGAAAUCUCCCGGUGGCUUCGUACCGUACACCGGUGGCUCCUCCUUGGACACCCUGAAGGUCGUCAAUCCGUCCGGCAUGCAGCUGCUGCCGGAGCAGGUCGUGAAGGCGCAAAAGUAUUGCCGCUGGGCCGAAAGUGCCUUAAACUAUGACGACGUCGGUACGUCGAUCACAAAUCUUCAAAAAGCGCUCCGUUUACUGCAGACAGGCAAGGACGAAUAGCUUCACCACUCAGGCACCACUAUUCUGGCGGGCCCGUCCCAUCAAUCCCAUCAUUUUGUUGUGCUGCUCCACUCAGUUACUAAACGUAAUCCGCUUCUAUAUGUUACUGUAAUGAUAUAAAACUAUAUAACGAUAAUAAACACGUACCAUUGACGAGGUACUGGAACGUA